CGGGGACGCAUGCUGACGGGAUAAGUCUUACGGAAACUUCAUUAGUGCACUGUUUACGCGCGUCAUUAAGCUACCUGGCGUUUAGGCUGCCCGCACCCGGCUAUGGAGAAGAAUGAGGAGGCGGCCGACGGCGGCGGGCCCGGCUCGCCCGGCUCCGUGCUGGGCCGGCUGCAGACGCGGUUCCAGCAGUCGGCGGAGGACCUGCUGACGGAGCGGGAGCACAACGCGGACCUGGAAAAGCGUAUCAAGAGCCUUACAGAGCAUGUACUGGCUGCUAACGAGGAGAAAGAAAACAUAAAGGUGGAGCAGCGGGCGGCCCUGACGCGGCUGGAGGAGGCGGCUCUGGCCGAGCGGCGCCGUCUCGAGAGCGCCCUGUGUUCGGCCCGCCAGCAACAGCAGCGUGGCCAGAUGGACCUGGAGCUGGCCACCGAGGAGCUGGCUGCGCUGCGUGGCCAGGUCAAGUCACUGCAGAUGGAGAAGGUGGGCCUGGCGCGGCAGGUGCGUGACCUGGAGUUGGAGGUCAAAGCCCGCUGUCGGCUGCAGCAGAACGCCUCCGACCAGAUGGUGCGACACAACCAGGCCAAGCACAAGGUCAACAGGGAGGUCAGCGGCCUGGGCGACUGGCUGAAGCGGCUGGAGGCCGAGGCGCGUGCGGCGGCCGAGCUGAAUGGCCGGCUGCAGCUGCAACUGAGGCACCAGGGCCUGCGACUGGAGCAGCUCACCACAGCGGCGCCCGCCGACCACGCCGCCUCUACGUGUCCGGAGCUGGAGGAGCUGCGGGCGCUGCUGACCGCCGGCGGAGACGACCCUCGGCGCGAGCAGGCCAGGACGGAGGGUAACUGUCUGUACAGCAGUUUGGCGGAAGGCGUACCAGUAGCGCCACCUCUGCUCGGCUGUCACAGCAAAGCUUCCGCGGACGGCCAGGCGGGGGCAGGCGGCGAGGACCGCCAGGUGGCCGCUCCGGAGGUCGACUGCUCCGGAGAUGCCGUCGUGCGGAGUGGCACGAGCCGUCCGCCGCUGCUCGGCGUCCCUCAGCCGAACCAGGACGCCAAAGAUGAAGACCCAUGAGCGGGACGACUCACUGUGGACUAGGUGUCAGAUGCUCACUGCUUUUCGAUGGUUGUGACACCUUCAUGUUUCCUUCAUCAGCAACAAGACAGCCAGUUGUAAAAAUAAUUAUCCAAUGCUU